AUGCGCUUCCUCGCGGCCUGCGGCGAGGACUGCGUGCUCUACGUCUGGGACGCGACGAGCGGCGAGGUCGUCUUCGGCAAGCGCUACGCGAAGCGGCUCAGCCUCUUCCAGUGGAUCGGCGCGAUGGACCGGGGCCGCCGCCGCGUCUACCGCCUCGCGACGGCGGUGACGGGCGUCGCCGAGGUCGAGCACGGCGAGCUCAGCUUCGACGCGACGCGCCAGCAGUGGCAGCUCGCGUCCGCGCCCGUCGUCAUGCCCGCCGCGGGCAUGGCGCGCGAGUACAAGUGCUCCGCGCUCGCGACGUACCCGUCGCCCGACGGCGGCGAGCCGGAGAAGUACCUCCUCGCGGGGACCAUGGAGGGCGACCUGCUCGUCAUGCGCCUCGCGGCGCCCGCGCGCGACGACCCGACGCUCGACACCGCGCGGUCCAGUGCGCGGUCCGGCGGCGUCUACCGCGCGUCCGUGCCCAUCUGCACGGGCGGCCUCCUGGCCCUCGCGCUCAAGCCCGGCGGCGGCGCCGACGGCCGGCCGGCGGUCUUCGCCGGGGGCGGCGACGGCGUCGUGCGGCGCGUCGACGGCUACGACAUGCGCUGGCGGCUCACGGACGAGGCCGCCGUCGACGGCGCGGUCGUCGCGAUGUCGUUCGUCGACGGCGGCGACGAGCUGCUCGUGGGCACGGACAGCGGGCGCACCUACCGCCUCCUGGCGGGCGAUUUAGGCCAGCCCGCGAGCCCGCUCACGGUGUCGCACGUCGGCGUCCCGCGCGACGUCGCCUUCGGGGCUCGAGCGGACGUCUUCGCGUCGUGCGCGUCCGACGGGGAGGUCGUCGUCUGGGACCUGUCGACCUACGACGCCAUCGCGACGACGAAGCGGGCCUGCGCCGCGCCCAAGGGGCGGCCGGCCGACGCGGCGGAGCGGCCGCGGCGCGUCGCGCAAUUCGGAGACGGCGCGACGUGUUUGGCGUGGGUCACGGACGUCGCGGUCGUCGCGGGCUACGGCGACUGCCACGUGCGCUGCUUCUCCGCCGCCGACGGGGCGCUGGAGUGGGCCAUCCCGACGGCGCACCGCCGGCCCGUGUCGGCCAUCGCGUGCCACGUGGAGCAGAAACUGGCGUACCUCGUGACGGGCUCCGAGGACGGGUCCGUCCGCGUCUGGAACCUGUCGACGCGCGAGGUCAUGAUGCAGUUCGCCGAGCACCACAAGGGCGUCACGGGCCUGGUGGUGGACGCGGCGGACCCGCGGCUCUUCCACUCGGGGGGGCUCGACUGCGCGGUCUUCACGCACGACCUCCGGUCCGAGAAGCGCACGGUGUCGCACAUGAUGCGCGAGGGCGCCUUCACGGGCCUGAGCCAGCGCAAGGACAGCGAGCGCGAGCUCAUCACCUGCGACGCCAACGGCCGCGUCCUCUUCUGGGACUGCGACGUGCCCGAGCCCAUUCUGGGGGUGUCGGUGGACGGCACGACCGUCGCCUGCGUCGCCGUGAGCCCCUCGGGCCGCUACUUCGUCCUCUGCCGCGACGAGAUGCUCACGAUCUUCGAGCUCGACGCAAACUCGGCGACGGCGCACCCGAAGCCCAUCGCCGAGGGCUGGGCCCACAGCGCCAACGUCACCAAGGUCCAGUGGAGCCCGGACGAGCGCCAGCUCGUCUCCAUCGGCGCAGAUUCUUGCAUCUGCAUCUGGAACUUCUUCGGCACCUCCGACUAG